CAGAAGUUUCUGUUCCAGAGGGCAUAGGUAGAGCCCUGCUGAAAUUCUGGGGUUUGCUUCAGGGUUCGGUCUAGGCUUGUGGCGUUGUUUUCUGCUCCGGAAGUGACUUCGGACUUUGUAGCAUCCGCAUUCAAAGGCUUCAAGUUCCAGGAGGGCUGGCGGUAUGAUACAACAUUGGCUUGAAGUGAUAAGGAGCCAUGUAGCCCAUUCUGUGGGGUAGAUACUAUCCCCCCGGAAUUGCUGACACUAUAUACUAGGAAGCGACACCCCAAUAAAUGGUAUCAACCAGGCCCCAGAGACAGGACUCAUUAUAGAAUAGCAAGUAACAUAAAGAGAAUGGAGUAUUGUUCAGCAUUGACGACUGUCAGCCUUCGGCCUUAAUUAUUUGUGUCAGCAACCUGCACCAGAAGGCAAGAAAUAUAUUAUAGGCGAGAUUGUACCUCCGCAGUAAUCCUGUCAAGCUUCGUCUCACCUGGAAUUCUUCUAUACGUGUCGGUCGAGACGGAAGGCGAUUCCAAGAGAUAUCUCAUCCAGAUGCAUGAUCCUGCACGAGUACUCAGCACGAGUACAAGCACAUGGACUGGGAUACACUUGAUGCGGCCUUUUCGAGUCACAAGGGCCCUCAAAUGCGGGUUGCACGGACUCAGCGUUUUCUUGGUUGGUUGCCUUGGCUUUCACCUAACCAAGCCGGGAUGCCAUCCCACUCUCUUACGUGGACACGAAAUGUGGCGACAGGGAUCAAAUGGGGUGGAAAGUGAAGCUAUUCGCACAGGACCGAAAUGGUAGGGCUGAUGCCUGGGGCACCAGGAAAAUGGCAGACAUGAGUCAUGUGAUUGCGCCCGAGCGCCAAAAAAGGCGGCGGCGAGAAUCAAGAACCUGGCUGGAGAUCCACAAGAAUUGCCUAGAAGCUGGCUUUGUGGGAUGGACUAAGCCAGAUAUGGCUUUGUUGGGCGCCAAUCCCGCGAGGUUUUUGCCGUCUUUGGUGGCAGUGGACCCCACCGACCUUGCCCCCUUCCACUUGGGUUCUAGAAUGACAGGGACGAGGGCGAUAAGAUCUGGAGACUUGAACCGCCGUUAAGAGGCCGGAAAGAGUCGGGAUACGUGCGGGGGAGGUCAUCGACCGUCCUCACGAUCUGGAAUACGGCGCCUCAACAGCCGGCUCAUAUAUGAUCAAGCCCUUGAUGAGCUGCAGGGCUGCAUAUGGCGCCAUUUCCCCGGCCGCUGUCGUGAUUUAAAGGUCAGAUGAGUUCAACGCCUGGUGGGAUUUAAAGAAGCAAAAAAAAAAAAAAAAAAAAAAAAAAAAAAUCGUGGGUGUGACAGCUGUGGCCGGAAAACCAAAGCGGCGGUUCAGCGGGCUUGGAUGAGGUAACUGGUGGGGGUGGACCAGCUGGUUAUGGGGUCCAAUUCCAGGGUUGGCCGCCGAUUCCAGGCUCACUGCGAGGAACAACCAAUCCAGGUACAUGUUUACAGCAAUGAUCUCAUCACUCACAAAUGACCUUGGAGGACUCGCACGAGAAACGGCCUCUUUGUUGAGAGGAGAUGCUGUCCCUGGAAUCGCUGAUUUGGCGUAAAGACAGAAGAGUCUAAAGUAGUCUGCUGGCACUAGUGAAGAAACGGUUAGCACAGUGCGAGAAAAAAACAUGUGAACCCCCACAGCCAGUCGAAGAAACUGGAGCGAGCGAUAACAGCUAUCAGUCGGUCAACUCUGCAAUGUCACUGCGUUUGCCUCACCUCCAGACUUCACCCUUGCACUCCCACCUUCCUCUCUCGUUGCUUCUUCCUCGCGCCUUCCCUCCCUGCAGCGAUUGACUAACAGCUCACUCCCCGCUCGCUUCGCUCGUUUUUCGAUUUCUUUCGUUCCAACCGACUGCGACUCCGAUCUCGCUUUCGCCAUUGAUAAUUGAACAUGGCAAUCAUCGACAUCACUAAAGAUCUCUCGGCUCUUUUCACCCAACAGGUCCGUGCGACACCCGAUGCCCUAGCCUUGGAGGACGAUAAGGCCACAUACACCUAUGCGGAGCUAGACAAUGAGGUUGAGGUGCUGUCGCAGCGCUUGCGGAAUUAUGGGGUGAGUCGGGAUAGCUUGGUGGGUGUGCUGCUUCCACGCAGUGCUCACUAUGUUAUCGCCUGUCUGGCGGCCCUCCGCGCCGGGGGUGCUUUCCUCGUCUUGGAGCUGGCAUACCCUCCUGACCUGCUGGCAGAUGUGCUCGAAGAUGCUUGUCCAGCUGUUGUGGUCACUCACCGAGCGGAAACAGGCAAGAUAAAGGGCGGUGUACCUGUCAUUACCCUUGAUGAGCCGGCCACUGAGGCAAACGGCCACACUGUUGAGGCCGCCCCAUUACCGGCAGACGAUGAUUUGGACCGACUGGCCUUCGUCUCGUACUCUUCUGGAACCACCGGCAAGCCGAAAGGAAUCGCAAACCCCCAUCGAGCUCCAGUUCUAUCAUACAACCUGCGCUUCGGUGUGCAAGAUCUUCAACCGGGCGAUCGUGUCGCUUGCAACGUGUUCUUCAUCUGGGAGAUUCUGCGUCCGCUACUGCGCGGAGCUGCCGUUGUUGCUGUUCCAGACGAUACCAGCUAUGACCCCGCCGCGCUUGUUGAUCUCCUUGCCGCGAAACACAUUACCGAGACCCUCAUGACCCCAACCCUUCUCGCCACUAUUCUCUCGCGGCACCCGCACAUCGGCAGCCGACUGCCAGAAUUGCGGACCUUGUGGUUGAACGGAGAAGUGGUCACUACCGAUCUGGCGCGCCGAGCGAUCAAGGCACUUCCCAACACUCGUCUUCUCAACUGCUACAGCGCCUGCGAGACACACGAAAUCGCCUGUGGCGACAUCCGAGAAAUGCUGGAUGACGAGUCGCAGUACUGCCCAGUUGGACCACCCCUCGAUCCGAAACACGCAUAUAUCGUGAAUGAAGAGGGAGAGAAGGUUGAGAACGGAACCAGUGGUGAACUUUGUGUCGGCGGUGCGCUUCUCGCAAGGGGUUAUAUUAACCGUCCUGAGACAACAGCAAAGGCUUUUAUUCCCGACUCCUUCAACCCCACACCCGGAUCUCUCAUGUAUCGCACCGGAGACCGGGCACGCGUGUUGCCCUCGGGCUUCCUGGAGAUCACCGGUCGCGUAGGCGCAAUGAUCAAGUUGCGCGGUUACUCUGUUGUCCCCGGCAAAGUCGAGAAUGAUAUUGUAAACCAUUUGGCUGUCCGUCACUGCGCUGUAGUUGCGCAUGGCGAGGGCCUGGAGCGACAAUUGGUGGCGUACAUUGUUCCUGACAAGGACCACUCAGAGCAACGUCCUGUGGUGGAGGUCAAUGCAUCUGGCCACAGCCCUGGGGCGCGCCGAGCUCUGACCCAGUAUCUUGCACAUUACAUGAUUCCUGCAUUGUGGGUGAUAAUGGACGAGUUGCCCACUCACGAGGUGUCAGGAAAAAUUGACCUCAAAGCUCUCCCCGCGCCGCCUACAGGAGCUGCCGAAACCGAGAACGGCGUCAACGGAAAUGGACAGAAGACGGAUCCGAUCGGUCUCGAUGACAUCGCGACGAUCUGGGCCGCUGCUCUGAAGGUCGCAAAGGCGGUAUUGAAGCCUGAAGACAAUUUCUUUGACCUGGGUGGCCACUCGCUCUCCAUUGCGGACCUCUCCUCGAGAUUGUCCCGCAAAUUCGGAUUCCGCGUACCUAUCGCACGUCUGGCAGAGAACUCUACUCUGACUGGGCAUUUGGAUACUGUUCGUGCCAUUAGAGACGGCCACACAGCGGCGGUUCAGGCGGACCUACCGGCGGUGCUACGCGCCGAUGCCACGCUCGAGGACGACAUCAAGCCGUCAAACGCCAAGAUUUGCUCACUCGCCGACGCAGAGACAGUUCUUCUGACCGGUGUAACCGGCUUCCUUGGCGCUUUCCUUCUCAAAGACCUCGUCGAGAGCACGUCUGCGCAUAUCAUCUGUUUGGUGCGCUUCACCGAACCCGAAGACGAUGACCAACCAGGUGGUGUGGCAAGAAUUCGCCGCAACCUCCUAGACCUGGGCCUGUGGGAUGACUCGAUCAUGGAGCGUGUUCACAUUCUCCCUGGCAACUUGUCCCGGUCGCGCUUUGGCCUUUCGCCGGAGGCUUUCCAAGAGCUGGCCUCUCGUGUCGACGUGAUUGUCCACGCCGCUGCGACCGUCAACCUUGUGUACCCAUACGCUACUCUGCGUGCUCCCAAUGUGGGUGGAACUCGUGAAAUUCUGCGCCUCGCCUGUCUUGGCAAUGCCACUGUGCAGUACGUCUCGACAAAUGGUGUCCUGCCUCCUUCCGGAGAGAAGGGCUGGUCUGAAGAUACCAUGCUAGAUGUAGAUGAUGUUCCCACAAAGCUGCUCGAUGGAUAUGGCCAGACCAAAUGGGUGGCCGAACAACUUGUCUUAGAGGCUGGCCGUCGAGGUCUGCCUGUGCGCAUUCACCGUGCAGGCACAAUCAGCGGUCACAGCCAGACAGGCGCUGCCAAUGCUUGGGAUUUGCUGUCUGCCCUGAUUGUUGAAUCUGUCAAGAUCGGCAAAUACCCCGAUGUAGAGGGAUGGCGCGCAGAGAUGACGCCAGUCGACUUCGUUAGCAAAGCCAUCGUACAUCUUGCAAAUCAAACCCAGGCGGAGCAAACCGUCUUCCACCUUGGUGACCCAAGCCCUGUCGACACCAGCUCUGUUUUCCGAGAUCUCAACACCCUCGGAUAUCCUACCGAGCCGCUUGCAUGGGACGACUGGGUUGCGCUGUGGACGGAGAAGCGAGGUUCUAAGAAGGGUGGUGAUGGAGCCUUCACUGUGGACAUCCUCCGUAGUGGUAUGCCCACGAUUGAAUUCCUUCGGGGUAUUGUUGUCCUGGACAAUUCCGCAACACGCCCCAUCCGGCGGGAGGUUGAGCGACCCAGAGUAGACCGCUUCCUGCUCGAAACAUACACCCGGCAUUGGUUUGCUCGAGGAUGGCUUAGGAAGCCUCCAACUCGCCAGAAGCCCGAAAGCCCAGUCCGCAAAGGCGCUCUCAGCGGGAAGGUUGCUGUCAUCACGGGCGCAUCCUCCGGAAUCGGCGCUGCUGUCGCUACUGCUUUGGCAAGAGAGGGCUGCCAUGUUGCGCUGGGUGCUCGCCGACUAGACGCUCUUGAGGCUCUCCAAGCAAAACUUUCUGGUUGCGGAGACAAGGUCGUCAUUCAAAAGACCGACGUUACGGAUAGAGCACAGGUUGAGAGUCUGGUGAAAGCAGCGACCGACAAACUUGGCCCCGUUGACAUUCUCGUUGCCUGUGCGGGCGUAAUGUACUUCACAAUGAUGGCGAAUGUGCAGAUGGAUGAGUGGGAGCGUACAGUUGAUGUGAACUGUAAGGGUCUUCUGAACUCUCUGGCAUCUACAGUACCGGGAAUGCUGUCGCGUGGGAGUGGUCACGUUGUGGCGAUCUCGUCUGACGCUGGUCGCAAGGUCUUUCCUGGCCUGGGUGUUUACUCUGCCAGCAAAUUCUUCGUGGAGGCGACACUACAAUCGCUGCGUUUGGAGACGGCUGGACAAGGCUUGCGUGUAACGGCUGUGCAGCCAGGAAACACAGCGACAGACCUUCUUGGUAUGUCUACAGACGCAGAGGCGAUCAAGAAGUACGGCGAGCCUUCGGGCGCGAAGAUUCUGAAUCCAGAGGACGUCGCCAACUCGAUCGUUUAUGCUCUGCGCCAGCCUGAACAUGUCGCAAUGAACGAGAUUCUGAUUGAGCCACGAGACGAGCCAAUCUAGUUUGAAUAUUUGUCGCUUUGGGAGUUCUUGUCGCUUUGGGUUGUUGCGUCUUUACGCAUGUUGAAUUCGAGUAUGUAGAUAGCGUAUUCGCCGCCAUAAUGCAUAGAAUUUGUGAUUUUCUUUCUUCUCAGGUUUGUAACAGCUGUGUCAAACGUCAAUGUUAGCGCCCGACGAAAGGCAAAACAGGUGGG